CAAACCAACAGUAUAUAACGAAAAUACGCACGGUUUCGUGGGAUUCAAAAUUAUAGGCUAGGGUUUUUCUAAGCAGCCGUUGCUUCUCUGCAAAUCAGCUAGCCACUCUCCAGUUUCAUCUGUAGCAGCAGACCAACCCAAUAUCUUUCAGCCAUGGGGAAGACACGUGGAAUGGGAGCUGGUCGUAAACUGAAGUCCCACCGCAGAAGGCAGAGGUGGGCUGACAAGGCUUACAAGAAGUCCCAUCUUGGGAAUGAAUGGAAAAAACCAUUUGCUGGAUCAUCUCAUGCAAAAGGCAUUGUUCUAGAAAAGAUAGGCAUUGAAGCCAAGCAGCCCAACUCUGCUAUUAGAAAAUGUGCCCGUGUUCAGCUGAUCAAGAAUGGGAAGAAGAUUGCAGCCUUUGUACCCAAUGACGGUUGCUUAAACUACAUUGAGGAAAAUGAUGAAGUCUUGAUUGCAGGAUUUGGACGGAAAGGGCAUGCUGUGGGAGAUAUUCCUGGUGUCAGAUUCAAGGUUGUGAAGGUAUCUGGAGUGUCACUUUUGGCUCUCUUUAAAGAGAAGAAGGAAAAGCCGAGGUCCUAAGCUUACUGGCGAUUGCUGAUGUUUACAUUACAUCUCCGUUCUCAGUUUUGUUUUUCCGUAGGAUUAUAGUGUUCGUGCAAUUCAGUGAGGAUUUUUUGUCAACACUGUUAUAUCAUCAAAUAUGUGCUUGUAUCCUGUUCAAAGAGACAAAUUUUUGAAAAUGGAGGAUUAUUGAUGAUUAAUGUUAUUCUGUCAUUUUGAGGUAUUAUAUAUUACA